GAUAAUUUUAAUGCCAGCCUACAAAAAUAAUUUGGAGGUGUUAAUAAAGUAAGAUUCAAAAUAAGGUAUUGGUCUAAUUGAUCAUGAAUAAACUGAGACAUUUAAUUAAUGGAAAUUUCGAGGUGGUUUGAUAAGUAUUUAUGAAGAAAGUAUAAUAUCUUCAUAUGGCAGAUUCAGUUUAUUAUGAGAGUAAUAAUCCUUAGGCUAACAAAAAGUAUUUAUUGAAGGUGACCAAAUAAAGUAAGUAAUAUUUUAAAGAAUUCUUAUAGUAAAUCAAUAUGAAAUUAUGUUACAUGUAAUUCAACCAACAUUUAUAGUAGUAAAGGAUAUUAAAUCUGCAAAUGGAUCAUAAUAUCCAAUAAUAGCUAAUUCAAUAAUUCGUUUAGGAAGAGUGUAAAUAUAUAAAAAUAUAUGUUAUUAUAUUAGUGAGUAUAGAGUGAUUGAGGAGAGAAAUAAAGAGAUGUAAAUAACAUAUGCAGAGACAAGGAAUUAAGAUUAAUUAUAAUAAAACGAUACUAAUAAAGUCUAUUAAUGCAGAUUCUGUUUUAUGGAAGGGAUAUAAAGCAAGGAUUAGUUGUUUCUAACAAAUAUUUGCAGAUGUGUAGGAAAUAGUUAGGCAGUACAUUUAGAUUGUAUGAGAUAUUGGGUUGAUAGUAAUAUUACUCGUGAAGAGACAUAAUUUGGAUUAUCCUUAAAAUGGUAAUCAAUAUAAUUAAGUAUGAAUUAGGAACAAAUCACAUGAAUGUUCAAUUUGUAAAGAAAGUUUACCAGUAAGAGUUCAGUAUGAGAAUGAGUAUUUCGAUUUAUUCACUCUAGAGAGACCUGAAUUACAAUAUAUCUUAAUAGAAGUAAUACAGUACAAUGUUAUGUGUUUAGAAUGUUAAUAAGGAAAAGAAUGUUUAUGGCGAGAUAUAUUUGAUACAUGCUCUUUUAUAAGAUAAUAUAAAACUAGUAAUUUAAUGAUCAGCUAUCAAAAAAGGGCAGAGGAUUGUAAUGUGACAUCAAAGCUCAAGAUAUUACAGUGUCUAGACAUCAUGCUACCAUCAAACUAUCCAAAGAUAAUUAUUUUGUAAUCGAAGACAAUAGAAGUAAAUUUGGAACCUUAGUUUCUAUUAAUCAAAUUUGUUAAAUUGAUUGCGUUGCUUGUAGUCUACAAAUUGGCAAACUACUCAUUAAUCUCAUCUAAUCAGAUUAUAUUCUUAAAGGUAUAUUAUAUAUAUUUUAUCAUCCUAAGGUGCACCAUCAACUCAACAUAAAUUAACAUAACUGCCUUAAAUUAGUAAACAACUAGAAGAAGAUGAACCAUAAAUGGAUGAUGACUCAUUUCAAUUAGAAAAUAAAUGA